AUGAUCGACAUUUUAGCAGUCACUAUAUUGGCUUUUCUUUUUGCUUAUGUCUGCUGGGACAUAGGCAGGGAUGGUAUCUUCAUGGAUUUAUUCAGUCGAAAGACCGAUAUACAAACUCGGCUUUCGGCUGUUAACCAGAUUAAGACUGAACCCGACGUUUCUUGCGCAACCAAACUUGCAAUGGACAAAGGUGUUUCGACUCCCAGCGGAGAUGACUUGAACCAACAAAUUGGUCUUCCUUUGAUGGCGAAAGACGAUGAUCAAAGCCUGACUGUAUUGGAAAAAGAACGCUUGGAAAAUGAGUUGAGUCUAGUUCAAUCCAAACUGACAGACUCCUCAUCAAAGUUGCAAAUAUUUCAGAACGUACACGACGAGUUGGCAACUACCAAAAUCGAACUGGAAGAAAAUAAAAAGAGUACUGACAUUACAGAGAAAAAUCUUCGCUUGACAAAUGAUGACUCGCGGUUAAGGCGAAAAAUUGAAGACCGGGAUAGAAUUAUCGAAUCCAGUGCGAUUGAUCAAAACCUGAUUGUAUUGGAAAACGAACGUUUGAAGAAUGAGUUGAGUUUGCUUCAAUCCGAAUUGACAGACUCCUCAUCAAAGCUGCAAAUGUUUCAGAACGUACACGACGAGUUGGCAACUACCAAAAGCGAACUGGAAUAUAGCAAACGUGUAAUAACUGAAAUCAGCGAGUUAAAUCUCCGCUUAACAUAUGAGGAAUUGGAAAAAGAACGCUUGGAGAAUGAGUUGAUUCUAGUUCAAUCCCAACUGACAGAUUUCCAUUCUCAGGUGCGACAAUUCCACAUCGAGUUGGAACCUAUCAUAUGCGAACUAGAGGAAAAGAAACGUGUCAUUACUGACAUUACAAAGAAAAAUCUCCGCUUGACAAAUCAGGAUUCGCGUCUGAGGCGAGAAAUAGAAGACAGGAAUAGACUGAUCGCAUUCAGUCAGGCGGAAGUGGAAAAACUACGAGUAUCCCUUAACAACCAUACCGACACAAUCGAGCAACUACUGGAUCAUAUUCUGAGUAGUCAAACCCCGAAGAAUGACGAGGAAGUAAGAAUUGAAGUCGAAAAACCCAAUGAGAUCCCGGCGGCGAUAGAACAAGUUAAAACUCUCCAAAACAACCCAGAGAGUCUCAAGUUUCAAACGCUGGAAGCUAUUCUCACCAUCGAGAAUUUAUCUGACGAAAUUAUGGUCGAGAAUCAGGAACUGGAUGAAGCACCAGGAGAGCCAGUUUCUGAACCCAUAAACAUUCCGGUUGAAGAACAUCCAUCCAACCAACAACUUGGAAUGGAAAAGAAACAGCCAAAGAGUCUGUCGGAGAGUAUGGCCGAGACCAUUGUCGACACCGGAAAUGUGACUAACAAAGAUCCGGUGGGUGAAACCGAACUACUUGAAAUUGCGGAAGAGUCGAUUAUACCUGAGGAAAGUGAAGAAGUUGAGGAACAACCACCAGCAGAGGCUCAAUCAAAGAGCACUGAUAAUCAAUUCUGUCAUAAGCCUGAAGAUCCACAGGUAGAGCCCCAAAUUACCGAACAAUCUGAACUUUUAAAUAAUCGGGCAAUGGAUGAGAGACCGGAAGAACCCAGCACAGAGAUCGUUCAUAAACCCAAGGACACUCCGGCUCAAGUACCUCUGUCUAGCGCACAUGAACUUGAAAAGGACGAAAAAAGGGCGGAACCGAAGAGUCUGAACGAGAAUUGGCAUCAGACGAUUGACGAUACCAGAAAUGUGACUAACGAAGAUCCAGUGCUGGGUGAAAAUGAACAACUUGAAAUCGCCGAAGACACGAUUAUACCUGAGGAAAGUGAACAAGUUAAGGAACAGAUAUCAAAGGCUCAGUCCAAGAGCACUGAUAAUCAAUUCCGUCCUAAGGCUAGAGAUCCACAGGUACAGCCCCAAAUUCCCGAAAAAUCUGAAUUGAUCAAAAAGAUUGACAUUCAACCCCGCCAAGUACCAAAAGACCCACACGCAUUGCCCCCAAUAGCCGAAAAAUCUCAACUUCUACAAAAUCGGGCAAUGGAUGAGAAACCGAAAGCAGAACCACAGCCGCUACCUGAUUGCAAGGAAGGAAAUCAGAGAACCGGGAAAUUCAAAAUCAGAGUUCGGAGGGGAGUAAACUUUCCGGAAGCCAAGGCUUCUGACAACUAUUACGUUUCGGUUUCCAUCAUGUGGGCCGAGGAUGGGCAAGGCAAGGCUCACGUUAAGGACAAGAAAAUCAGCAAAUCCAAAACGGUCGUCGGCAUCCAGCCGGAGUGGAACGAAGAUUUUACCAUCGAGACUCCAGAUCCCGAAUGGUGUCUAAUGACAAUCAAACUGAAAAAGUCAUCGAAAUUGGGUUUGAAGAAGUCCACGGUUGGAUCCGUUGUAGAUUACGCCUCCGCAUUGAGAGUCAAUCGAGUCAAUAGGCUGCAACUAUUUAAAAAAAGUUGCGAUCCAGUGGGCGACGCCUAUCUUGAGUUGGAGAUAAAAUACCUGCCGGAAGUCAUUCCACGUUCAGAACCCAAGGGCACUCCGGCUAAAGUACCCCCGUCUAACAACAAGAAGAAUGACAAUCAGCCCCUCCAUAAACCAAAAGACCCACACGCAUUGCCACCAAAUCCCGAAAAAUCGCAACUUCCACUGAAACGCGCGAUGGAUGAGAAACCGAAAGCUCCAGCAGAGUCGCUACCUGAUUGCAAGGAAGGAAAUCAGACACCCAAGGAUUUGAAAAUCAGAGUUCAGAGGGGAGUAAAUCUGCCGGAAGCCAAGGAUUCUGACCAAUAUUACGUUUCCAUGCAGGUCCAGGAAGGGAGCGACACGAUCCGCCAACAGGACAAGAAAGUCGGCAAAUCUAAAACGAUCCGCGGCAGCCAGCCCGAGUGGAACAAAGAUUUUACCAUCAAGACUACAAAUCCGGAAGAGUGUCAAAUGACCAUAAAAGUAAAAAAGUCGGCGAAAUUGGGUUUGAAGGAGUCCACGGUGGGAUUCGUUAAACUUGACGUGUCCAGCUUGAACGACGGCCUCAAUAAGCUGCAACUCUACGACAAGUCUAACAAUCCAGUGGGCAAAGCUUGUCUUGAGGUGGAGAUUACCAGUUCGGCCAAAGUCUAA